AAACACGUAACUGUACAAUUUCCCUAGCAUUAGUUUGUUUUUCUUCUUUCUUUUAUAGAAAAUGUGAUAAGUGAUAGUGAUAGGUUGAAGCUAAAACGAGUGAAGGAAAAAGACAAGAGAGGCAAAACAAGUAAACUCAGCUUUGUGUUGUCAUCUUCUGUAGAGUGGGAUUCCACUCUUCUUGUUCAUGUCACCUCUCUCUCAAUCUAAGUAAAAUUAAUUACAACUUUAGCCUCUCUAUAUAUUCCACACCUCUCUGUAUUUCUCACUACUCCAAAAGUACUCACAACAACACAGAGGUAGUGAAAGAAGAUGAAGAUGUCGGAGAGACGAGUUGGGUCCUAUCGUAAAUCGACACUCAGGUGUUGGGAUUGGUGUAAGGAGCAGAGAACGCGUGCUUAUAUCAUCUGGAGGUGUUUGAUUUUCUUGUUACGGUGGGAUGACUAUUGAUCAAACAAGAAUAGUGAUCAAGCUAAACGACUCGUUAACACACUUUGUAAAAAGUCCAAGAAAAAUCAAUGGAGAUUGAUUCCGAAUGUUUUUCUUAGAGCCCUUAGAGGAAACGUAUGUGUGAAUAUGUGUUUUAAUGAGGUUUGUUUAUAUAGUACACUUUCUUUAUAUUUAUAAAUGUUAGUUGCUCCAGUUAUGUAGUUUGAAUAUACUACGUAAACGUAGAGUAAAUCUAACAAAAAGGCUAAUGUUUAUUGGCAAG